AUGUUUAGCCAGCGACUGCAGCGUGAGAGGAGGGAGGCCGCCAUCAGUGCCUCCCUUAUCACACGACUGAAGGAGGCUGUGCAGGGCGUGUUACAACCUGGUGCCGGAGGGGGUAUGUCGGAUGUAAGGGGACCCAUGAAGGGAAACCUGGGAGCAAUUGUGGGACACUCGGACAACACCAAUAACCUGUGUAAUGUGAUAGAAGCCACCCUCAUCCAUGGUCUCCGAGACUCCCUGGGAGAGCGGAUGUCGGCUCUUCUCGGGGCCGACCCUGACAGGAUGCCUGUUCCCAACUUCUGGCCAGUCAUCAUGAUCAUUAGUCACCGAGACCUCAUGGAGCAGGUGGGUGAUCUUUCCUUCAUCACGAGCGAAGUGGGAAGGAGUCGAGCGUGGGUUCGUCUUGCUCUCAACCAGGGCCAGAUCUGUAGCUAUCUCAGCGUUCUGCUCCAGGACAAUCGUACCCUCAAGGAUUAUUAUAGAACGACUGCAGUCUUCCGUGAUCCAGAAAGAGCCGACAUUAUCCUCCGUGUCCUUCAGCCCAUCUCUGCCCUGACCUUCAACUUGGCCACCAAUGCAGCCGUUCUCAACACCUGGACUCAGACCCCAUUGAUUCUAGCUGGACUGUGGGCACCGAGCAUUCAGAGUGUUGUUUCUGACCCAGUGCUUGCAGCCACUGAUGUGGCAAGCACUGUGAUGGAUGAACGCACUGAGGGCAUGAACAUUCCAAUUGUGGAAACCCCUGUCAGCGACCAGAUGUUUGACAUGAUCUUUGGUGGUACUCCAGAGACCAGUUUCAUCAGCAACAUGGAAAGCCGAGAAAGCAAGGAUCCCAAGGUCCAGGAGAGUGAUGCACUCCAAGUGGAAAAGAAGGACAAGCUUAGUUCUCUUGGCUCACGACAGGAAGAGAGGGAUGCCACGGAGGACAAGAGGGACUCGGCCCUUGAACCUACGGUUGGUUCAGGCGACCUACAGGCAUCGCAGGGUCAUGGGAAGGGCCCCAGAGUGGAGGUUGAAGGUCCUCUGGAGGAGAGCCAGAAGCAGCACAGUCGCGACCAUUCCUUCACCAACUCCUCCGAGUGCAGGGACAAUCACAGGACCUACAGCACUGACAGCUCCAUGUCUCGGAGUGUGAUCGAGGGGGCCCCAGAGUACGACCAGCUCUUUCUGGACAUCACUGCGGUGUCCCCGUUCACCUCUGUGCCUGGCCUGAGCCUCUCCGAUGUGGACCCAGCCUCAUCCAGCUCCACUCCCAGCAGAGAAGCAUCACAUGAGUCCUCCCAUUCUGACGAAGCAGAGAAGUUGAAUUACGAGGUUCUGUCUCAGCAGAUUCCCAGUGAUGCGGAGACAGAGCGCCUGAUACCACUGGUAACGCGACUGACAACAGAGGAAGGACUGGAUGCUCAGCAGUAUCAGUGUCAGCAGUGCAAGUCGUACAUAGGAAUGAUCUAUGGGAAGCCGAGGGUAUGCUCCUAUGACAGCAAAUACUAUUGCUAUGAAUGCCACGAGGACGAAGUGUGCCUUAUCCCCGCACGAGUCGUUCACAACUGGGACCUGGGUGGUCAUCCCGUGUGCAAGAAGAAUGCCAGCUGGCUCUCUGCAGUCCAGCACCAGCCACUCAUCAACUUGCGUACAGUUAACCCAAAGCUAUACUGUCAUAUUGAUGAUUUGGCUGAAAUGCAGAUGCUACGUACACAGCUGCUGUAUGUGAGGGCAUAUCUGUUUACAUGUAAAACCGGUGUUGGAGAAGAGUUGAGAAAAUUACUGUGGCCCAGAGAACACCUGUAUGAACAUGUCCACCUCUACUCUGUUUCUGAUCUGCAAUUAGUUGCCACUGGUCAGCUAGUCCAGAAGGUCCGUCAGGCAGUCACUUUUGGGCGAGACCACGUUGCCCAGUGUCAUGUGUGUUCAGCCAGAGGUUUCAUUUGUGAGCUCUGCGAUGAUAAUGAUGUCAUAUACCCCUUCCAGCUCGGCAGCACCCACACUUGUGGAGAGUGCUAUGGCGUGUAUCACGGCCUCUGCGCAAGAGGAAGGAAGGACUGUCCUCGCUGCAUCAGAAGAAGAGCAAGAAAGAGCCAAGAGGGGAGUUAAGAGACCCCGGCCUUAGCUGCAAAUGGCACGAGCUCUGCCGUUCCCUUGUCUUCUCCGCUGUGGGAAUGGGGCGGAGUCUUUUCGUCUCGUUUCCCUUCUGCCGUCGGGAUUGUGGGAGAGUUGAGGAUUUGAAUUUGUACUCUGUUAUAGACUUGCCCCCAAAGGAAAUUUUAGAGAUUUUGUGGUGCAUGAGAAGUAAAAUUUUGUAAAUCAUUGUAAUCUUUUUUUUUUUUUUUUUUAAGCAUUUGAUUUCAAAGCUACACACAGGCAUGGGACAAAAUGGAUAUUUAUUUUGUAAAUUUAUCUCUGUUGUGUAUAAAGAUUUAGUGGUAAUUUAAAUACCUCUAUAGUUUAAAGGAAAAAAGUAACAAGAUAAGGAAAAAGUUCAUAUUUAUUUACUUUUAAACACCAAAGAAGGCAUUACAGUUGAAUUCUUAUGCAUAAGAAUCGGGUUAAGUAAAGUUUGAAGUCAGUCACAUUUUCUUUUCUUAUUGUUCAUGGGUCUUGAUGUUGAGGCAUAGAGCUGGUAACACAAUCGCAGUCAUUACUAUAUCUUUCAUAUUCCUAUGUUCUACGCUGCUGCAUUUCCAAAGGAAUGGUAAUUAGUAAUAAAACAUCGUGCCUUUUUAAGUAAUUCCAUUGAUUGUUCGAGUAAAAUUUAAUGUGCAAGUAUAGAUUAAGAUGAAGUUCUAUAUGCUAUAUUGCUCUGAUUUUGAAUAUUCAAUGAAUUAUGCUUAUUGCAAAUGAUAGUUCACAUAUGCAUUAUUAUUUGUUGUGAAAAAAACAAGAGCCCAUAUCUGUGUUCAAACCAUAUAAAGACUUUUUUUUUUAUGUGUUUUUCCUAUAUAAUAUAAUACCUAAUUUUGGUAUUUAAUUCAUAUUGCUUAUGGCUGGAGGGAUACCUGGAUACCUGAUAUCAUUGGUUUAAGACAGUCAUUUGCACACUGAUAUAGUUAUCAUGAUUUGGUAAAAUACUUGUGAUAUUACACCAUUAUUAAGAUUAGAUAAAUAAGUAAUAUGUGGAUAAUCAUAAUUUCAUCAUAAUCACAACAGUGGUAUGCAGUCUUACACCAAUUUCUUUAAUGAGAUGAUUUUGUAAAAAAUGUUGAUUUCUUUAUUGCUGUAUGUGGAUGCAUUGUAAGUAGUUUAUGAAAAAGGAAAUAUACAAGAAAAUAUAAAUAUAAAAUGCAA